UCCUCAGCUGUAGGACCUGAAAACAUCUACACAUACUCAACAUGGGCAUCAUGACCCAACACAAGGACCUGGCGAUUAAAUACUAAAUACAGUGGACUGCAUUUUCUUCAACUUUUAGACGAGAAACUUUUCAACAUGAGGAAUGUUUGAGGGAACUUUUAAAAAAUAUAUAUACAUACAGUAACAAGGUGAAGUUACAGGAACUGAGAAAACAUGAGUAUAAAGAGGAAAAAGAGUGGACUGAUGAUCAAUUGGCAGAAGUCAUUCUCCAUUUUGGCUCCUUGGAGAAGAGGCAAAGGAGACCGCGACACAGUACUUGACAGUGCAGUUGUGCUGACUAAAAUGAAGCUAUUCAGAAACUUUAAUGAGAGGCUUUUCGAGGAGGGUACCUUCCCUCCUACCCUCUCAGCAGCCUCUGAAGAGAAGGACUCACAUCAUUCCAAAGAACCUUUUGUGGAGUCUCAAAUUGUUGACAAGUCAGCACAGCUUCAAGCCUACACCAGUACAGACUACCUGUCCGACAUGUUCUCAGACUCUCAGCUAACCAGGUUGUACAAGUUUGAGUCAGAGGACUCUGGAGUGGAGUUGUCAAGCGGUCACUCUCCAUCUACUCCGACAGGCUCUGACCACAACUUUGUUGUCCACAGUCGUGAAUCAUCUUGUGACUCGUCUAAUUUAAACAUGGACCCGACAACAGAAUCUGAUGAGCAAACAAGACAUAAACAGAACUGUGACAUUUCAAAGGCCAAACUCGAGAUCAGCUCUUCAGUCUCAAGAAAUGAACUGAAUAUUUGUGAGGACCUGGAAAUGGAUGAGUGCAGUAUGUCACCAAUAAUCCCUGCGACGGAUGAGGAAAACCUUGAGAAAACGGGAAAAUUUGAACAUGGGAAAGAAGUCUCAUUAGAAACGUCUAACAACAAGGCCGAGAAUGACUUUGAAACUUCACAGGAGAGUAGCACCUGUGAUAACUUUGUCAAAUACAUGAACACAUGCUGCAUACUUAAUGAGACACACCAAUCAAGCUGCAAUCCUUUGGGGUCAGGACUUGGGUACCUAGAGCACAUUUGCCAACUCAUUGAGAAAAUUGGACAGCUGCAGGAGAACAACCUUCGCCUUCAAAGGCAUAUCUGUCGCUUGCAGAAGGAUGGCAGAAUGACAAAGACUAAAGAGGACUUCUUCCUACACCAUUGCAGCUGUGGUGCAGCCAAUCUGGCCUUUGAGGAUGUUUUGUCACCCAGUGGAACACUCUCAGAUCUGUCCACCAUCCCGGAGGUCUCCCGGAACCCACUCAUAUCGUCCCAUAGUAACACGAGCUUUGACAGAAUGACACCAAUCCCUCUGUGGAAGAGAAGUCUUAACCAAAUAAAUUGCUACGACGGGGAUAGCCUACUCCGGGAGGGCACCGGAAGGCUUUCAGUCACUUUUCAGCCGAUCGGUGAUUAUGACACAUGGGACAGAGUCAAGCACCUGGUGAAAAGAACGAAUGUGAGGAAUAAGAGCAAACUAGGAUUAGUCAGAACCCCACUAAAGAUGUCCUGUCCACAGCUGUACAGGCCUGAUCUUGGACAAAAGGAACCUGCUGACAGAAAUAGGAAUUCCAUGAUUGUCUUGGGACACUCCAACAAAUCGUACAUCCCUUGGCUACAAUAAAUAGCAAGAUUGGAUCCAGAUGUCAUCACGCAAGUACUAGGGGCCGAGCAUUCCAGAUGAUUCAAGACCGGGAACAGAAAACGUAUGUAAAUGUAACGUAUGUAAAUGAAUGUAGAUUCCAGAAUGAAGAGUGUUUUUGCAGCAUAGUAUGUUGGAGUAAAGGGAAAGUCUGUGACCUUUACAUUUGGCUAAACUGGGGAAAGGUGAACAUACAUUUAAAACAAUAUUCUAUGUCCAGUAACAAACAGUAUUAUAAUAGCCACAUUUGUGUACCACUUAUUUCAUAUAUUUAGUUCUCCUUGGGUGUUGGUGUGCAUAUGCAGUAUACUGUAUGAUUUGGUCGAAAGCGUAGGGCAUGCAAAAAUUUUGUGUAAAACAAAGGUUUCUAUGGAUUAUCAUGUCAGCAUGAUGUAUGUUGAAGGGUACUCACUCCUAUUAUGUAACAAACAUUACAUCACUUGAAUCAAUCAAACAAGAGCCUGCCUGUCUGUCUGUACAGUAUUUCAUUUCCCUCCUCCUGUUGUCAUCUUGCAGUUGAACAGACUCACAUUCUAUCAAGAUAUGCUCAAUGAUUUAUCUGUUCAUGCCUUUAAACUUAGCCCAUCUUUAUCUUUAGAAAAUGACGGCCGUUGAACUGUUAUGGCAUAGCACAGAGAAAUACAGUAUACACUAAGUCUGCUAAUAAAUUAUAAACAAAUUUAAAAAAUGCAGAAUAAAUUGGGAAACAUGACCAGUCAAUCCCACCAAAAUGUUCUGACAACAUUCAUUUUUAUUGGAAACAAAGAAACAGAAACAGUUUGACUGUAACUCGAAUAGAAAAACAAGAAUUUUUUAUACAGUGGAUUUCAAACGUCUUGUAUUCGUAUAGUGAUUGAACAAAAAAGGGACAAGGUUGUUUUGGAGGUUCUGUAUUUCAUUAUUUUCCUUAUUGGUGGUUGAAAAAAAUACUGUAUCAACAUUUACAUUUUACAGUCCUUGGGUUUCUAUAACUUUGUUCCUAUCACAUGCUGAAAAUGCAGCUGUAUUAUUUUGUUUUUUAUAUCCUUUUUGCAGGUAAAUGUAUAUAAGAAUAUUGUACAUCUGUCCAACAACUUUACUACUAACUGUUGUAUCUUGCA